AAUUUUGCUCAUAAAAUAUUAAAACUAAAAAUACAUAACGGAAGUGGACAUACCGGGUCUCUUUAUUAAAAGUUUAGGGAAAGAUUAGAACUAUAGCAUAAACUUAUGUAUUAAUGGAGCAGCUUUAAAUGUAUUACAUACCCAAACAUCGGUCGUGUUUUUGCUUCGAGGGAAAUAUGUUGAUAGAAUACUAAACAGGAUAAUCUUUAAAAGACUCUACGAGAAUUGGGAAUAAAAUCAACACAUCAAAUAACUAGCGUUGUAUUAUAUAAAUGCCUUUACACUUAGAAGAGUAAUACUAGUGUUGUUGAUAAUAAUGUCAAAUCUAGACUCAAUUAAGAUCAAAGAUGUAUUCAGCAUCAAGGAAGAGGCAGGAGACUUGACAGAUAAUACCUUGAAUUUACAAAAUAAUAUUGACAUCAAACAAGAGCCUAUAAAUCUUUAUAACGAAGAAAACUUAGCAAAGGAUGGGAAUAUAUUUGCAGAUCAUGAAAUCAAGGAAGAAAUGGCCAUAGGACCUGUGGUUUUGCAGUAUUCUGGCAUAUCUCAAACAACCUGUAUCCAGAACACAUCUGACAAAGUGACCAAAGAUCCUCAAUGUAAACAGCUCUAUAAGUGUAACAUUUGUCAUAGAAGUUUUAAAAGAAAACAAUAUCUUGCAGUGCACGUAAUGGAUCAUACUGGUGAGGUACCAUAUAAGUGUGAUAUAUGUAGCAAAAGAUAUAAAACACAGUACCUGCUUAAAGUACAUACAAAAACUCACAACGCAGACAAACCUUAUAAAUGUGACACUUGUGGCAGAUCCCUUUCUAAAAAAUCGGAUCUUAGUAGACAUUUAAUGACUCACACAGGACAGAAACCUAACAAGUGUGAAUUUUGCAACAAAACUUUUACAACAAACUCUCUGCUCAAGAAGCAUGUGAUGACUCAUACUGGGGAAAAACCUUUCAAGUGUGACAUUUGCCACAGAUGUUAUACAUCAAAAUAUCAGCUUAGAGAACAUAUAAAGACUCAUACUGGAGAGUCUCGGUAUAAGUGUGAUAUGUGUAACAAAUGUUUUACAAGAAUACAACAUCUCAAGACGCAUUUAAUUAUGCAUACUGGAGAGAGACCUCAUAAGUGUGAUAUUUGCAGCAAAACUUUUACAAGAGCACAACAUCUUAAGAUGCAUAUAUUGAUGCACAAUGGUGAUGCGCCAUUCAAAUGUGAUAUUUGCAACAAAGGUUUUAUAAGAAUACAACAUCUUAAUAUGCAUACAAUGACCCAUACUGGAGAGAAACCUUAUAAGUGUGGUGUUUGCAGCAAAUAUUUUGUAACGAAACAUAAUGCCACAAUGCAUGGAAUGACCCAUACUGGAGAAAAACCUCACAAGUGUAUUUACUGCAAAAGAGGUUUUGCUAGAAAAGCACAUCUUAUGAGACAUUUAGUAACGCAUGCUAAGAAUACAUAUUAAUAUUACUAUAAAAAGAAACUAAUAAAAAUACUUAAUAUGAAUUGAAUGGCAAUAUUAUCUGUGGAUAAUCCAUCUGGUUGGUUACCUCUACGUAUUUCUACAGCACAGCAACGUUGUUCUAAGAUCCAAUUGAAAAGGUGGACAGACUCCUCAACACAACCUUUUCUCUCUCUACGUCUCUUUCUUGUGUCUGUGCUUUCUUCUUCUGCUGUUUUUUACUGUUUGUUUUUCCUCUGUAAUAAUACACCUUUUCCUACCUAAACCGCCGUUUCCUUCGCUGUCCUCGAUAGGUUCUAUAUCCAGGCUGUUCAUACCUAACCUUACACAUUUUCUUUUUUAAAAUGGGACAGUAUGGGGAAAUCAAAAUCCUUAGAAGAUGCAAUGAAACUGUCUUUGGAAC